UGGUGAAAAUCAAAAUAACUCUGUGGAUUCCAUAUCAUAUACACAACUUAAUAUUAUGGAGGGAAUCAUCAUUAUUCAUGUUAACUUUGUUAUAACACAAGAUCAAGAAUUAGGUGAUGAAUCUCUUAGAUAUAUGAAAUCUAGUAAAGCAUCACUUUUGGCUCCAUUCAAUCUUUACUGCUUAUUAUCAAUGGCAAGAAUUCAUAGAUUUCAAGAUUCAAUAAGUAAUAAUAUUAGAAGAUUUGAUGAAUCUCAACUUUCAGAAUGCGCAAAUAAGUUGGAUUUAUUGGCUGAAAAAUUUGCUUAUUCAGGAAUGAUUUAG